CCCGAGUGUUGUGGUGUUUAGUAAUGUAGAGAUUUAGAGACCAAAACAGGAGUUUUUGGGUUAAAUAACCGCCGUCAGAGAGCCGAAGGGAUCGUUCACACCGACACCGACCCGGGACUAACACGGUAAUCUACCGGGGAAGCUGCUGUAACGAUGUCUGCGGGGUCCGGGAACAGAAACACGAACACGGAACCGUGGGGAAGCUUCGAUGAAAACCUCAUCCAGGGUGGCGUGCAGGGCGGCGGCGCGGCUGUCAUCGACAUGGAGAACAUGGACGACACGUCCGGCUCGAGCUUCGAGGACAUGGGCGAGAUGCACCAGAGGAUGAAGGAGGAGGAGGAGGUCACGGCGGAGGCCGCGGCCGCCGGCGACGAUGGCGGCGAGGACGAUGGCGGCGAGGACGGCGAGUUCCUCGGGAUGAAGGGCCUGAAGGGCCAGCUGGGACGACAGGUCGCUGACGAGGUGUGGCAGGCGGGGAAGCGCCAGGCGUCCAGAGCGUUCAACCUGUACGCCAACAUCGACAUCCUGAGGCCCUACUUUGACGUGGAGCCGGUGCAGGUCCGCAGCAGGUAACACCCCCACUUCCUGUUUACUUC